UUUUUGUAUUUUUUGAGGAUAUAUAUUGUUUAUUAUAUUGUUAAUUAUGUCUUCUGGUCUUUUCCGGCGGCGAGUUGGCAAUUCUGGGUCAAAUAGAUGUGGAGAAUUAUCAUCAACAAGAAGUUGUCAAGAAGGGUUAAAUAGAGAGUCUAUAGGAAAAGAAUACAGUGAUAUUGAUAAGAAGAAACAUAAGGUUGUUUUUGAUCCGCAAGAUCUUCAAGAAGAUGAAGAAAGAAGAAAGCAACCAUGUCUUACGUUGAUGGAGGAGGUGUUAUUAUUGGGGUUAAAAAAUAAACAGGGGUAUUUACCUUUUGGAAAUGAUAAUAUUUCAUAUAUUCUUCGUGGAUGUAUAAUUUUAGAGCUUGCAUUUAGAGGUAGGAUUCAAAUGUGCCGAGAUUCUCUUAGAAAGCGACAUCCAUUACCAGAACGUAUUGUGGAGGUAGUAAAUGAUAAGACUACGGGUGAAACGUUGUUAGAUGAAACACUUAAAAUGAUGAAAUCGAGUGAAAAGAUGACAAUUGGAACAUGGGUUGAUUUAAUGAGUGGGGAAACAUGGAAUUUUAUGAAAAUUGGAUAUCAAUUGAAGCAAGUUCGUGAGCGUUUAGCUAAAGGAUUGGUGGAUAAAGGAAUUCUUCGUACUGAAAAGCGGAAUUUUUUAUUAUUUGAUAUGACUACACAUCCUAUUUCAAACAGUUUUGUUAAAGAUGAUAUUCGUAAUCGUUUAAUGGUCAUGUUAACUGCACCUACAAUAGUUUUACCAACUAGUGUAUUUUUUCCAGAGACGAUACCAAUGAGACAUCUUCGUGUGAUUUCUUUAGUAUGUGCUGCUUACGCUGCAAAUGUUUUAGAGAAUGCUCUUUCUUCUGUUGAAUAUGAAGUUCGUGAACGUGCCUUCACUCGUGUUGAUGAGUUUUUCAAGGAUUUUUCUCAAUGGCCUUUUACAAUUAAAUAUAGUAGUAAUAUUAAUUGCGUUGAUUCUAGCCUAGCCGAUGUCAUACAGGAAGAAACAUCUGGAGGAAAAGAUAAAGAGUUGCAGCUUGAAGUUAUUGCUGCUGUUUUACAAAUAUUUACUCGGUUUGAUUGUAUUUUGUGAUCAUCUUACACUCUUUUUAUUCAUCUUUUUUGCUUUUUAUUUAC